ACGUAGUGCAAAAUGGCGGUGCCCUUGUUACAAUGGGGUCUGUGGUUGAUCACUUGUUAGCCAACUUAUUGUGAAUGACUGCGGACUAAUCUCUCAACUGGCUCUUGAAAGGGAUUUAUUCCGACGCCUACAUGAUAAAGCUGUCGAGUACAGCGGGUCCAUCCACCUCCUCCCCUCAAUCCAUGAAGGAAUCCAAGGAGAACUUUUCAGGCCAAGCUAUGCUGGACCACAUCAAGCCGUGUUGGUACUGGGACAAGAAGGAUUUAGCCCACACCCCGUCCCAGUCUGAGGGCCUGGACCCGGGCACAGAAGCUCGCUACCGAAGAGAGGGAGCCCGCUUCAUCUUUGACGUGGGGACCCGUCUUGGCCUACACUACGACACACUGGCGACCGGCAUCAUUUAUUUUCAUCGCUUCUACAUGUUUCACUCCUUCAAGCAGUUUCCCAGAUACGUAACGGGCGCUUGCUGUCUUUUCCUAGCGGGAAAGGUAGAGGAGACUCCGAAAAAGUGCAAAGAUAUCAUCAAGACGGCCCGCAGCCUACUGAACGAUGUGCAGUUUGCACAGUUUGGAGAAGAUCCAAAGGAGGAGGUGAUGGUGCUGGAGAGGAUUUUGCUCCAGACGAUCAAGUUCGACCUGCAGGUGGAGCACCCCUACAUGUUCCUGCUGCGCUACGUCAAGCAGCUCAAAGGGGAGAAGAAUAAAGUCUGCAAGGUGCUGCAGAUGGCCUGGACGUUCGUCAACGACAGCCUGUGCACCAUGCUGUCGCUGCAGUGGGAGCCGGAGAUCAUCGCCGUGGCCGUCAUGUACCUGGCCGGCCGCCUGUGCAAGUUCGACCUGCAGGAGUGGACGGCCAAGCAGUCGUCGCGGCGCUGGUGGGAGCAGUUCGUGCAGGACGUCCCGGUGGAGCUGCUGGAGGACAUCUGCCACCAGAUCCUGGACCUGUACUCCCAGGGCAACAAGCCCAUCCCGCAGCAGCUGCAGGAGAAGGAGCGGGCCCCGCCCGUCCCCGUCCCCGCCCCCCCGGUGCCGCAGGGGCAGCCGCCCGCCGCCGCCAACCCUCCCCCCCCACCGCCCAAAAAGACCCCCCCCCAGGGCAGCAGCCCCGCGCGCCAGCUCAAGCGCUCGCACACCUCUCCCAAAGAGGAACCCAAACCACCAGAACAAGUUGGAUCAAAGAUUCCCCGUCUGGAGAGCCCCAUGCCCCCCCUCCCCACAUCGCAGCCCCCCCCAGCUCCUCCAGCAGAAGCAGAACCAGGAACUGAAGUGGCUCCCCCGCCGCCACAUGCCCCCCCCCCACACCAGCCCCCUCCCCUGCCCCACCGCCCUCCCCCCCCUCCACCCUCCAACUACCUGAUGUCCACCACCAGCUCCUACAUGUCGGGAGAGGGCUACCAGAGCCUGCAGUCCAUAAUGAAGACAGAGGGGCCCUCCUACGCCCCCAUGCCUCCAACCUACGCGCCUCCCAUGCCCCCCUAUCACCCCCAUGUCUACCCGCCACCUACGGCGCCCCCCCCAGGCUCCCUUCCUCCCCCCCCCCCCCAUCCCCCCUCCGCCCAUUUGGCCUCCAUCCUACCCACCGCCAGGCUACAACAGCUAUCCUCCGCCGCCUCCGCGCAUGCCGCCGGGCCACGUGCCCCCCCCAGGAAUCGGCCUUCCACCCGCAGGGUACCCCCCUCCACCCCCCGUGCCCCCAGGACAGUCACAAGUGCCCCUGCCUCCCCCGCCCGGCAUGCCCCUGAACCGGGGCGGCUGGCUGAGAUGAGACUGAGAACAGCUCUGCUCGUACUUUACCGGGACAGCAACCCCCCCAAUCCCCCCAGAAAGAGAAAACAGAAGACAAUUGGUGCUGGUUCAUCUUGA